UGGUUUGGAUGUGAUUCGCAGUCAAGUAGAGAGAGUUGCAGGUCAAAAGCGACUCGUUUGGAUUGUAUGCUUGUUUUGUGUAAAGAGGAGAUGGAAGACAAGUGGCUACAGAGAACGCUUCUGCCAGCUGUGUGGCUGUGCAGCAUGCUGGCUGCUCAUCAGGUCAACAGCUGCCCUCAUGCUUGUAGCAAAUGUUUAGGACAAGAAAAUGACCUUUGCAAAGAGUGUAAGCCUGGAUGGGCUCUCUAUAAUUUCACAUGUGUAGACAUCGAUGAGUGUGGCACUGAACUGGGUUCCUGCUCUCCAAACAGUUACUGCUUCAAUGUAGAAGGCUCCUUUGAGUGCAGAGGCUGUGAUGUGGCCUGUGUUGGCUGUAUGGGUGGUGGAGCAGCUCGCUGCAGAAAAUGUGCUCCUGGGUACAGACUGAUGGGCCCCAAGUGUUUAGAUAUAGACGAAUGUGGUGACAGAGUACUUGCCUGUCAUGGUCUGGAUGAGAUCUGUGUCAACACAGAAGGCUCUUUCCGCUGUCAGUGUGCUGAAGGCUUCUUCAGGAAGGACAGUGUUUGUUUGAGGAAGCAGCUGCCCAAUGCCAAAGAAAAAGGCCUCUUUGAGGAUCUCCAAGAUGAUGAAGUGGAGGUGCUGCAGCAGAUGUUUUUGGGGGUGUUGCUUUGUGCUUUGGCCACGCUGGCAGCCAAAGGAGAUCUGGUCUACACAUCGAUAUUCAUGGGAGCAGCAGCAGCCAUGGCAGGUUACUGGCUCUCAGACAGGGGUGAUAGUGUCUUAAACAACAUCCUGAGAGGGCGCUAAUGCUCCAAAUUGUUAUAAAAAGGACACAUUCAGCCUCAGAUAUGGAAAUAAAUCCAGUUGGUUGAAGCAACUGCUAUAUAUUGUGAGAAACAAUCAACAGAAACACUUUCAAUGCUCUGAUGAGCCUCAUUAAUCCGAUGAAAACACCUUUUGUAAACAAGCUUUAAGAAAACAGUCUUUAAUUAUUUCUGGAUUAAUAAUAAUUUCAUUGCUCUAUUGUAAUAUUGUAUGUACUUGAUUUAUAUAAUGUGUUUCGGUUAGAGAAUGUAGUUACUGAAAUAAAUGAAGUUUACAAUAAUAUUGUUUAUUUGAGAUAUACCCCUACAUUAUUGUACAUAACUAUUUACAUGAAACAUUUUUUUAUUUUGUGUUCAAAUCAUCCUGAAGGCAGCCAUUCAGCUUCAUGGUGUGAGAUACGUUCUUAAAAUAUACAUUAGGUCUGGGGCGUGCUGUGGUGGCGUAGCGGAUAG